GGAAGCGAAGACAGCAAAAGUAAGAAGGAGAAGGCGUUCGCAUUUUUAUUGGACCAACCGGUUUGCGUCGCCUCAUGUUCCUUCUUAUUCCCAAACAUCAAGACUUGUCCACAUGCCGCCACACAUGUCUUAGCGUUAUGCAAUGACGAGCUCAUUACUUUAUGUAUACAAAGAAAGAUCAUCAAUAAAGAGAAAUCAAGAUAUACAAGAAAAACGGAAGAGGAAAAGAAAGGAAGAGAGCAAGCGAGCGAGAGAGAGAGAGAUAUGAGAUCUUCUUCAUCUUGUGUUGUGUUAUUCAUGUGCCUUAUGCUUCUGAGUUCCUCGGUCGAUGCGUACAAGAACUACACUGUGGGAGAGUCCACAGGGUGGUUCGAUAUUCAGGAGAGACCCUCUGCAAAUUACCAGAGAUGGGCUGAUUCCAAAUCCUUUUCGUUGGGUGAUUUCCUCAACAGCAACCACUCGGUGGUCCAGACAUAUGAUUACAAGACGUACAAAGAAUGUGAUUACAACAAUGGUGAAGACAACAGUACAACAGAGUGGUCGGGUGCAAAUCCUUCAGCAACAUCUCCAGUUCCGGUCUCAGUAAAUGUUCCUCUUGUUAAAGAAGGUUCCAAUUAUUUCUUCUCGGGGAAUUAUGAUGGCGAGCAGUGCAAAUUUGGACAGCAUUUUAUGAUAAAUGUGACACAUGGUCAAGGCCUACCUGCUUUAUCAUCACCAGAUGAAGACGAUGCCCCUGGACCUGGCCAAGCAUCUCAAUCCGGUGAUGAUGAAGUUGCUCCAGACACCAUAGUUCCCGCCAAUUUUGACCAUCCUAAAGAUAUUGAGAGUGAUGACGAUGAUGAUAAUUUGGUCAAGGGUCGUAAAAAUUCGUCUUCCAUAACAAAAUAUAAUUUGUUAUGUUUAUUUUUUAUGGGGCUCUUGGCAUCAUUCUUUUAA